GUUGUGUUCUUGUUCUUAUUCAUUUUUGCAAUUUGGUACAAACAACGCGGCUAAUUGUGUAAUAACAAGUUAAUAUAUAUUUAAGUCAGUUGAAUCGGACGCUUUAAGCAUAUGAGAAGAUACUAACUGGGACUAGCCAGCACACAGUAAAUAUGUCACAAAACCAAUCAUAUUUUUGGCAAACAACAAGACACAAUGUAUACCUAAAACGAUCAGCCAAAUGGCAUAUGGCGCUGGCUUUAAUGGUGGUGCUAACAUUCUCCACAAUUUGCGCUGCGGAAUUAAAUCAGGAUGCUGAUGAUAAUGCCGUACUAGAUGACAUUCCCAAGAAUAUGGAGCGUGAUGCAAUAAUGGAUAAGGCAACGGAUUUGAGCGGAUUACAAGAUAAACCUACUGAGGCGUCACGGGAGGGAAAGACCAAAGGCAAUUUCCUAGAUGCGUUCACCGCAUCGAUCUCUGUUAUAUUAUUAACAGAGUUAGGCGAUAAGACUUUCUUUAUUGCUGCUAUAAUGGCAAUGCGCCAUCCGCGCUUGAUUGUUUUUGGCGGUGCUAUAGCUGCCUUGGCUCUCAUGACGGUGCUCUCAUGCGUAUUCGGUUUGGCAGCAAACUUUAUUCCUACGCUUUAUACGUAUUAUAUAUCAACUGCUCUAUUUUUAAUAUUCGGUCUAAAAAUGUUAUAUGAUGGCUACAAGAUGAAGCCAACUGAUGCUCAGGAGGAGCUUGAAGAGGUUCAAAGUGAUUUGCGUAAGCGUGAAGACGAGCUUAUCCGCAAAGCAGCGCGCAGAUUUGAGGACGAUACAAAGCGCAAGAACAGCAACUCGGACAAGGAAGAUGAUCAGGUGCUUAUACAUGGGCGGAGUAUGAAUGUUCUGGCUGGCAGUGGCAAUAGUAAUGGAUCCGAGAUGCAGCAUCGUCAACGCAAACCCACCUCCAGCAACAACAAUAAUAACAAUAACAACAAUACCACCAGCAACAACUCAACUAAUUCUAAGCGCAAUAUCUGUGAUAAAACUGGCAACGAUGUGGACUAUAAUGAGUCUGAGCUAGUGCUCAAUGAUGGUGGCCGUGUGGUGGAAAUGACCACAUUUCAUGGCAGUCCAUCAUCGAUAGCCUCAUCGAACCAGACCGAACAAACCAAUUGUGAUAGCCCACAUCUAAAUAAUCAAAAGGCUUCCGUCGAUGCCAAUCCCAACGAGCCACGUGCCCCUUUAGCAGCACAUGAUAGUAUGAAUGGCCUGAACGGCAGCAUUGGAGAGGAGGUCGCUGCAGCGGUGAAUGGCGCGCUUAAACCACGGCUUGACCGUGAUGUUAAUGCGUCUCUUAUGCAUGAUCCAGAAAGCGGACGUCGCAGCAAGCCUCAACGCCGCGGCGCUACCUAUUUUACCAUGCGUAUAUUGGUACAGGCUUUUACAAUGACUUUUCUUGCCGAAUGGGGCGAUCGUUCCCAGUUAACAACUAUUAUACUUGCUGCUAGCAAGGACAUCUAUGGCGUCAUUGUCGGCGGCAUUCUUGGCCACUGCAUAUGCACUGGCCUGGCUGUGAUUGGCGGUCGUCUAGUGGCUUCAAAAAUCUCGGUGCGCACUGUUACCAUUGUGGGUGGCAUUGUAUUUAUAGGCUUCGCUGCCUACGCUGUGCUCAUGCCCCCAAAUGAUCUGACAACAAAUUGACGAUGCACGAAUUUAACAGCGAGCACAUAAAAUGGGCCUAUUGACGACCACCCAAAAAAAAAAAAAACAAUGGAAAACAAAAAAAAAAA